GCCGCCGCCGCCGCCGCCGCCGCGCAGCAUGAAAGCGUGCCGGCGGAAGGCGCUGGCGCUGUGCCUGGGCUACGCGCUGCUGCUGCUGCUCGCCGCCCUCAACCUGCUGGAGUACAAGUGGCGGCGGGAGCCGCGGCGCUGCGCCGAGCCCCCCGCCGCCGCCCGCCGCCGCCCGCCGCCGCCGCCGCCCGCGGGGAGCCGCGGCCCGGCCGGCGCCCGGCGGCAGCUGGUCUAUGUGUUCACCACCUGGCGGUCCGGGUCCUCCUUCUUCGGGGAGCUCUUCAACCAGAACCCCGAGGUCUUCUUCCUCUACGAGCCCGUGUGGCACGUCUGGCAGAAGCUGUACCCCGGGGACGCCGUCUCGCUGCAAGGGGCGGCCCGCGACAUGCUGAGCUCCCUGUACCGCUGCGACCUCUCCGUCUUCCAGCUCUACAGCACGGCGGGCGCCGGCAAGAACCUCACCACGCUGGGCAUCUUCGGCGCCGCCACCAACAAGGUCAUCUGCUCCUCGCCCCUCUGCCCGGCCUACCGCAAGGAGGUGGUGGGCAUGGUGGACGACCGGGUGUGCAAGAAGUGCCCCCCGCAGCGCCUCAGCCGCUUCCAGGAGGAGUGCCACAAGUACCGCACCCUGGUCAUCAAGGGCGUCCGCGUCUUCGACCUGGCCGUCCUUGCCCCGCUCAUGCGGGACCCGGCCCUGGAGCUCAAAGUCAUCCACCUGGUGCGCGACCCCCGGGCCGUCGCCAGCUCCCGCAUCAAAUCCCGGCACGGCCUCAUUCGGGAGAGCCUGCAGGUGGUGAGGAGCCGGGACCCCCGCAUCCACCGCAUGCCCUUCCUGGACGCUGGCCACAAGCUGGGCGGCAAGAAGGAGGGUGGGGGCGGCUCAGACUACCACGCGCUGGGCGCCAUGGAGGUCAUCUGCAGCAGCAUGGCCAAGACCCUGCAGACCGCCCUGCACCCCCCCGACUGGCUCCAGGGCAACUACCUGGCUGUGCGCUACGAGGACCUGGUGGUGGAGCCCAUCAAGACCUUGCGGCAGGUCUAUGGCUUCGUCAACCUGUCGGUCAGCCCAGAGAUGGAGAAAUUCGCCCUCAACAUGACCAGUGGCCCCGGCUACUCCUCCAAGCCCUUCGUGGUGUCGGCCAGGAACGCCACGCAGGCGCUGAGCGCCUGGAGGACCGCGCUCAGCUUCCAGCAGAUCAAGCAGGUGGAGGAGUACUGCCACCAGCCCAUGGCCCUGCUGGGCUACGAGCGGGUGGGCAGCCCCGAAGAGGUGAAGGACCUCAGCAGAACGUUGCUCAGGAAGCCGCGGCUGUGAUGGGGGCAGCACGGGCACCUGACACGGCCGUCGGGCAGACGAGCCCGUCCUCUUGGCUUGAGUGAGGGAGGGAGCUGGGAAAAGCAACCUGGUUUCUGAUUUCCUUCAAAGACUGCUGAAGGGUAACAUACAGUAAUGUGAUGAUUUCUUUCUUUUUUUCCUUCUUUCAUUUUUUUUGCCUUUUUUCUCUUUAAUUGGGUUAUAUAUGAUUUAAAAAAAAUAAAGCAGAACUGAGCAUAUAUGUAAAGCCCCUUUCCCCUUCUCAAAAAUGCCAGGUGUGAUUCUGUUCCAAAAUCUUGUUUACGGAGUUCCUGUUGGUUUGAGGCUCGUAACGAAACUCUUGCACAAUUCCUAAUACAUCUGUCUCCCAUGGUGCGGAGGGGAUGCCCUUGGAAGGCAAAAUGCUGAAAAUCAGACUUUUGUAUGAAAGUGAAUGUUCAGACAUGAUAGUAAUAAAGAAAAACAAUAAAUGAUAUUCAUUUUUAUAAUUACCUCAA